AGUUGAGAUUUUGGCUUUGUUGCAGAAAACUCGUUGUGGCAUCGGCAUGCAGAAGCUGGGUAGUCCGCGCAAUGUGCACUUGACAAGCCUAACUGCCCUUCUCUUGCUGGCAUGCUUGAGUACCAGAUUCUUGACGAAUGCAAAGACCGAUUUCGUUGUGUUCCAGCUCCAGCCCCAUUCGGGCAGAGAAUAUCCUCCAGCCCGAAGCAGUGCGACUUCGACUUUAUUACAUUCUUCUGGAGAGCAUUCAUUCAAGCAUGGUCAUUAUGCAUCCAGAGUGGUGAUAGCUGGAAGUGCAGUGCUGUCCUCCCUGUUGGUGGGGCUUGCCCGAGGACAGUCAUUGCGGAAACGAGACUCUGUUCGUUGCCAUGCAGGAUUUGAGGGUUCUGGAUUGACAGGCAAGUGGGGUUGCUACAAGACGGAGGGCGACAUAGAUGCCUAUUGGAAGGCUACAGGUCUUCCUUGGUUGGCUCGAAAAGGGCUCCAGCUGAUGGAUUGGGGUGCUGGCAAGAAUCAAAACAUUCGUGAAUUUCUUCAAGAAGGAGACAGCAUAAGAAUGGAAUAUUCUUUCGAUGGACCUGGUCUGGGAGGGCUUGGCUUUACGGAGACAUACACAGUUGGGAAUGGUAUCCAAGAGAUUACUAGAAUGGGUGGUGCCAAGAUCUUGGUUGACCCCAGCUGGGAAUCUGACAAAGUUUUGCGCGUGCAGAACAUGAAUCCAGCGAAGCAGACGAAAGGCUGGGCUAAGACCCUACUUUCAGGUGGUCAAGACGAAGAUUCUCAGCAGCAGAUGGUAGCUGGCGAAAAAGAAGACGCUCCGCUGGGAGAUGUGAUCGAUGUGCAUAGAUUCUACCUUGAGGACGAUUCUUUGGUGCUUGAAGCAGAUUCAUCUCAGUCUGGAGGACCAGUGGUAAAGUGGUUUUUAAAGCGGCUGAUUUGAUUUGCACCAAGUGCAGUCAGGACAGCUGCAAAUAUGUAUUUCUUACUCCAAUGGUAGGUUCGUCCUCGCAGAAUCACUGCAGGCUGAGUCCGAGUAUCCAAGAUGAACAUGGUGGAUGAUUUUGUCACAAGUUUCUACAGCAGCCCUGCCUGGAUUCCUUUAUUUUGUACAGAAAUUGCUGCAGAGAGCCAAGAAGCAACGGAGGACAA